CCGACUGACCUACCGGGGCCGGAGGAGGAGAGGAGCCCCGGGACCAUGGAGAGUAACAAGGACGAGGCUGACCGCUGCCUGCAGAUCGGGAAGGCGGCGCUGCUGGAUGGGGACUGGGGGAAAGCCCGCAAAUUUCUCAGAAAAGCGGAGCGACUGUACCCGAGCAGCGGAGCCCGAGAACUUCUGGAGAAGCUUGAAAAGCAAGAUGGAGCGACGGGAAAUGGACCAAAAUGUGCAAAGAUGUCGAAUGGGGUGGAGCCGAAUAAAACCAGCGCAGAGAAAGACGGUGCCACUGGGGAUAGCAUCAAAAGUUUUACCAAGGAACAGUUGGAAGGUGUAAAAAGGAUAAAGAGCUGCAAAACGUAUUAUGAGGCGCUGGGAGUGAGUAAAGAUGCAGGGGAGGAGGACUUGAAGAAAGCUUAUCGGAAGCUUGCACUUAAGUUUCAUCCAGAUAAAAAUCAUGCUCCGGGAGCCACAGAGGCAUUUAAAAAGAUUGGAAAUGCUUAUGCAGUACUAAGCAAUCCAGAGAAACGCAGGCAAUAUGAUAUAACUGGAAGCGAUGACCAAGUCCACAGCAACCACAGAAACGGUGGAUUUGACUAUCACAGGGGCUUUGAAGCAGACAUUACCCCAGAGGAUCUGUUUAACAUGUUCUUUGGAGGAGGUUUCCCUUCAGCAAAUGUCCGGAAGUUUUCCAAUGGACGGACCACAUGUAACCACCACCAACAUCAGCAUCACAGUGCUCACGAACGAGAAGAUGAGAGGGGUGAUGGUGGCUUCUCCAUGCUGAUCCAGCUACUGCCUAUAAUUGUCUUGAUACUUGUGUCUUUGCUUAGCCAGUUAUUGGUCUCCAAUGCACCUUACAGUUUGUAUCCCAGAUCUGGUCAGACCAUAAAGCGUGUGACAGAAAACCUUCACGUUGCUUACUAUGUCAGCAAGGACUUUCAGUCUGAAUACAGCAGGAUGUUACUACAGAAGCUGGAGAAGAACAUUGAAGAGGAUUAUGUGGCUAAUGUCCGGAAUAACUGCUGGAGAGAGAGACAGCAGAAAGCAGAUUUAAUACAUGCAGCAAAGGUUUACCGGGAUAAUAGACUGAAAGUGAAAGCAGAGUCAAUAUCUAUGGAUAAUUGUAAAGAACUGCAGCGGCUGACCUCAAUCUACCGAGGAGGAUGAUGGAUCACAGUGGUCCGCCAAGCAUCCGUACUUUCUUCCCUGUAUAUACGAACUAUACAUUUUAUCAUGAGGAGGGAGUGGGAAGUGACCCGUCCAUCAAGAUAACGUGGCUCAUCUUAUGACUUCCUGACACAACUUGAAGGUCACUCAGUCCAUUAAUUCCUUGUUUUUCUUUUUAGUUCCAUUUACUUGGUAACUAAUUGAAAAGUGUAAAAAAAAAAAAAAGUAUAACGCGCCAUGAGCCUGAUUUUUCCUCCGUUCAUGGGGAUCUUGUAAAUAUGGCACUCCAUUGUCCUGUAUAUAAGAGCUAAUGAAUUUAUAUGUGAAGUAUGGGAUUUGUUUCUUUCAUUUCCAGUAACUAUGAAGAAUCUCCGCACUAAAGACUAUUUUACUUCCAGUGUCAUUUUAACCUUCUAAUAUUAACCAGUAGGAAUAUUUCAAGGGGUCUUUCCUCUGUUAUUACUAGAACAUACUGUGUCUUGCUAUUGCCUCUCCUCAGUAAGAGCUGAGAACAGUUCUUAUUCUCUAUAUAAGAAUAUUUUUUUUAUUGUGAAUCCAUUGUCGGAGUAGGAUUUUUCUUCUAGUCAGUGCACUUUUAGAAAGGACCUGGACAGCCGAGAACCAGCUAAAUAUACAUUCCAUUGCCUAAAUCUUAUUUCACAGAAAUCUGAUUACUACAGCA